CAAGUUCUAUUCGACGGAACGGGAUGAUCCCUCGAUGACGACAAACAUGCAAAAGGAUCAAAAAGCAAACAUCUGUCAAACUAGUGCAAAAACGUGAAAGAUUUUCCGUACUCGCAAGCCGCUGUCGUGCAAAAAUCAGUUUUAUUUCAAUGUUCAACCCCAUUUAACAAAACACCCCGACUUCUAAUUAAUUCGACGAACGAUAUAUACGAAACUUUGAAAGUAAAGUGAGCUGUUUCAUCAACUUCGACAAAAAAAAAUGUACGAUCUGAAACCAAUCUUGAAACCGGUCCACGUCGAACUUCCGACGUGCAUGUAUCCGAUGAAACCGGUCAUCCAACACGGUGUCGCGAUGGCGGACCAAAGCAGCACGGUAUUUAUGGAUCUUUUGUCCGAAAAAAUUAAGAUCUUACUACUCAAGGAAGAUCUUCCCGAAAUCCAAGCACUGGCAGUCAAGCAAGAGAAGAUCCUGAAACAAUUGGCUGAACUGCGGGAGCAGUUAGUUUCGAUGCGAACGGAUUUGAAAGUUUGCAACAAGCCAGCCCAACCAAGCGCCCAGACAGCACCCGCCAAAACCGGCGCUAAAAGCAAACCGCAAACGACAAAGGUCGAACCUAUCAAUGCAUCCUAUCUGCAAGACUUCGUGGUCAAUGCUAGCCCUGAAAAUAUUCCCUACGGAUUGCUAGCCCUGAAGAAGCUAUGGAUCGAUCGUUUGAAUCUGCAGGUGGAGUGUUUCACCCACUCCACUAUCCCUAAACUCAACGAAGAGGCAGUCCACUUUCAAAACCAGAUCACCAGUUUCGAGCCAAAACUGGAGAAUCUGCCACGCAUUCUGGUGACCCUUAUUUGGAAAAACGUCGGUACCUACACCGAAAUGAUCACUUCCCCGACGGCGUACGUUCCGAUCUGCGGAGAGGUCAAUAUCCUGCGCUUCCUAUCCCGUUGCGGACCAAGCGAGUUCAAUUACGAAAGAAACGACGACGUUGCCGAGGUGGAUUCAAUCUUGGACACGUGCUAUCAGCUGAUCAACAAGCAGAACGUCAAGGACAAGAAACAGGUGCUUAAAACUCUCAGUUCCAAACUGGGAAAGACGCCCAGCUUCGGCGGAAGUGAUGUCUCUCUGUGCGACAUUGCGGCUACCAGUGCGAUCAAGCAGGUGCAGAAGGCGCUUGCCAAGGAUAUUAAUCCCAACGUUGCGAAGCUGAUUGGCCGAGUUUCGGCCGUAGUGGGCUUCUAAAACUAGCAGGUGAAACGCAAAGGAUUUCGACGCGAACGAACUUUUUUUUUAUUUAAAACUUUUGCUAUAAGUUGACAGUGCGAUGCGCAUUUCCCCUACUCUUUUAGCAUUUGAAUUCAGCAGCACAUAAAAAUGUUACUUGAAGUGAAA